CUGGACCACUGGCCCCAUGUCUCCCUGAUCCCCUCUCUGCUCCUCAGCCUGCCUUCACUUCGCAGAUCGAGCCUCUUUGGACUGAGCUGCACGGAUCCCACUGCUGCUUCGCUGCCAUUUGUCUUCAUCUACCCCGAGGUGAAAACUAGACUGCAUAACCAUGGCGAACUCCUUCACUCGCAUGAUUUCUGGCCGCAACACGGCACUGAUGAUGGCUGUGGGAGCCAGCACUCUGGCAUCAGGAUAUCUGAUCAGUGACAACACCUCUGCUGCUGAGAGGAUGAGGACCUACCCCCCCAGUGCUGAUUAUCCUGACCUGAGGAAGCACAACAACUGCAUGGCAGCGGCUCUGACCCCAGCCAUCUAUGCACGCCUGAGGGACAGGGCGACCGCCCACAACUGGACUCUGGACCAGUGCAUCCAGACUGGGGUGGACAAUCCUGGACACCCCUUCAUCAAGACUGUGGGCAUGGUAGCUGGAGAUGAGGAGAGCUACGAGGUGUUUGCUGAGAUUUUUGACCCCGUCAUCAAGGACAGACACAAUGGCUAUGACCCUCGCACCAUGAAGCACCCAACGGAUCUGGAUUCUUCCAAGAUCACUUCAGGAUUUUUUGAUGAACGCUAUGUGUUGUCAUCUCGUGUGCGUACGGGCCGCAGCAUCCGUGGACUGAGCCUCCCCCCGGCAUGCACGCGCUCUGAGCGCCGGGAGGUCGAGCGGGUGGUCGUGACGGCUCUGUCUGGCCUGAAGGGAGACCUGGCCGGUCGAUACUACAGCCUGGGAGACAUGUCCCAGAGGGAGCAGCAGCAGCUUAUCGAUGAGCACUUCCUGUUUGAUAAGCCUGUCUCACCACUGCUCACUGCAGCUGGGAUGGCUAGGGACUGGCCUGAUGCCCGUGGAAUCUGGCACAACAAUGACAAGAACUUCUUGAUUUGGAUCAAUGAGGAGGACCACACAAGAAUCAUCUCCAUGGAGAAAGGUGGAAACAUGAAGAGAGUGUUUGAACGGUUCUGCAAAGGUCUUAAACAGGUGGAGCAUCUGAUUCAGGAGAGAGGAUGGGAGUUCAUGUGGAAUGAGCGGCUGGGUUACAUCCUCACCUGCCCCUCUAAUCUCGGCACUGGUCUCAGAGCUGGCGUACACAUUCGUCUGCCUUUCCUCAGCAAGGACCCACGCUUUGGAAAAGUCCUGGAGAAUUUGAGACUACAGAAGAGGGGCACAGGAGGCGUAGACACUGCCGCUACUGGAGACACCUUUGACAUCUCUAACCUCGACCGCCUGGGAAAGUCAGAGGUGGAGCUGGUACAGUUAGUGAUUGAUGGAGUCAACUACCUAAUUGAGUGCGAGAAAAGACUGGAGAGAGGACAGGACAUCAAGAUUCCUGCACCAAUCCCUCAGUUCAGGAAGUGAAGGCCUUCUCUUCAGGAGGAGUUGGAGCAGAACAGGCACUCGAGUGGCUGCUUGUCUUACUAAUUUCUCAUUCAUGUCAUGUAUAGGGAUGCACUAACUUCAGCGCACAAAAUGUCCUUACAUGUUCAUGAAUUCUAAUCUCAAUAAACUAAUCAUAAACUGA